AGUGGCUAAUUUCAUGCAAGCGGAACUAGAGCGCUCAGGAGGCUCAGCAGCGAGCACGAUAGCCACUGCGGUGGUGAAGAUAUCGACGAAGUUCCUAUUUCAAGGUGCUGAGGGGUCAACAACAACAACAUGGAGGAGGUCGCAACAGGAGGACAAAGACUACAACACCCUCAGCCAGAUGGAACGGCUUUUAGCCGCGUACUUUUGUCAGCAGAUGUGUCGCGCUACCUGGAGGGAAAGUCCCUCUCCUGCGGCACUUCAACUUCAGAGAUCACAGCGAGCACAGGCAGUGUCCUCACCUUCGCAACGUGCUCACAGAUUCUACUGUUGGUAUGCUGUAGUGAAUCGCGAACGCAAUGAGUGCUUUCUGGUUCCUCGAACUGGGACGCUCAUCGACACAGGUGGUCCUACUGAAAAACGCAAAUCAUCAUCUUUAAUAUCCAGUAGUACAACAACUACCGGUAGCGGUACUACAACUGCAGACGGUACAACACCAGCAGGAGCAUCACCAUUCGUGUUGACAACUUCUGGUCGGGCUCGAUCUUCCUCACAACUACAAGAUCCUGACCUUGUUCGGAGAACAGCAAGGAGACGACCGAGUUCUGUUAGUCGUGUGUGCACUCCGCUUUGUGGCAGCAGUAGAGGAG